AUGGAAGAGGAAAUUCAACCAGCAACUGCUUCAAUAAAUAAUGAAGAUCAAAAUACUCAAAAGGAAGCAAACAUCUCAGGUAGAAAUGAAAAUAAAAAUGAUAAGUUGGUAAUUGAAAUUAGAGAAAUGGUCGAAAGGCCAGAGAUUCAAUCAUCAAAACGGUGUCGUAUCUACAGGGUUCCACACCACCUUCGAAAAUUUAAUGAAGAAGCCUACAGUCCUCAGAUUAUUUCAAUUGGCCCCUUUCACCACCAAACCAAAAGAUUGAAAGCCAUGGAAGAGCAUAAAGAGAGAUUCUUCAGGAGUUUCGUGAAACGGAGUAAGAUAAACUUGGAGUGUUUAGUAGGCACAAUAAAAGAAAUGGAAGAAAGCAUUCGCGGGUGUUAUGAAGAGACUAUUAACCUUAACAGUGACAGGUUUGUGAAAAUGAUAUUGGUGGAUGCGAGCUUCAUUCUUGAGCUUUUGUUUAGAGAUAGUUCAGAAAAGACAGAGGAUCAUUUGGUUGGGGUCCUUGGGGAACCAAGGGCUAGUGCUGUGAUGCUUGAUUUGCUAUUACUUGAAAAUCAGCUUCCAUUCUUUGUUAUUGAGAAACUACACCAACUUGCAUUUCCAUCUCUCUCCGAUGCAUAUCCCGGUUUCUCCAACUAUGAUGCUUUACUUAAGCUUUCUAUAAACUACUUUAGGGACUCCUACGACUUCCAAUUUAGACAUGACCUUCCCAAUGUGGAAAUAGAUCACUUCACCGAUCUUCUUAGAACCGUCCAGCUACCUCCACCAAAGAAGCAACCCAAAAGACGCUAUCAACAGAUUCGCCUUUUUUACACUGCAACACAACUCCACGAGGCAGGAGUAAAAUUUGAGGUUGGUACAAGUGAAUGCUGUUUUGACAUAAAAUUUGAAAAAGGGGUGUUGAAAAUCCCAAUGUUAGAAUUAAACGAUUGGACUGAAGUUGCUACCCGAAACAUUAUGGCAUUAGAGCAAACUAGCUAUAUAAAAAAUGCAUACUUUACAGAUUACUUUCUCUUGAUGGAUUCACUUAUCAAUACUAGAAAAGAUGUGGAUUUGCUUUGUGAUAAAAAAAUUUUGGUUAAUUGCCUUGGCGACAACGAUGCUGCAAAAUCUAUGGUUAAUAAUCUUAACAAAGGAAUCAUAUGGGUGACGAAAAGAGAUGAUUACAUUGAUCUCUAUAAUGAAUUGAACAGUUUCUAUGAUAAACCUUGGCACAGUUGGAAGGCAACAUUAAAACGUCAAUAUUUUAGCACCCCUUGGAGAGCCGCUUCAACAGUGGCUGCUAUUAUUCUUCUGGUGCUCACUUUUAUACAAACAGCAUGUUCUAUCAUCCCAGUAGCAUAG